AUGGACUAUUCUCGAGAUGGCGGAGCACUUAAAACACUUCUGGAGCUGCUCGAAACCUUUUUCCGUCUUCACCAUCUUAAUCCACCGCCGAAUCCCAGGGCACCUUGCAGCGUAUAUGAGACUCUCAUGUGGUUCUCUGGCCUCCCGUAUAAUUCCGUAUAUAUUGAUUUGACGGCCGACGGUUUUAGUAGCCUAUUCGAUAAGACUGAGAAGCCAGCCUCCACUGACACUCACGAUAGCUUCAUCUCCUACGAAGACCUCGACGAAGUGUCUUUGGAGGCGUACCCAGAACCGAUCACAGUUGGAAAUCUAUCAGACAACCUGACGGAAGUAUGCCACUAUUCUCAUGACCUCCUCACCACUAUAAUGGGCCACGGCCACGCAGGUGGCGUGUAUGCCUGUGACUAUAAUGUCAACCCACACGGUUUAAUAUAUCCCCAAAAUAUGAACACGUUAAUUUGCCUACUAUUUGAUUUACUAAAACGCCUGCACUACCAACUGUACCUACUAUAUCAGCAAUGCUCCUAUGAGAACUCUUUGGGAGGCUGGCGUGAGUGCUGGUACGGUUGUGGCAUCGGAGGAUCAAACUGGAAGUGCAACAAUCUCCAAUGCCCUAACCAAGCGGGCAACCAAAACGCUGACCAAAUGCAUAAGCAAACAUGUAACCAAAACCCUAACCAAAAGUGCAACCAAUAUCCUAAGUGCGGCAUUAAAUCACCGCUGCAAUCUUUCUUAGAAGAUGGAUUACAGGGGUUCUUGCCUCAUGAUGUGUCAUCGAACAGAGGCCAAAUUAAAUGUUCACUCGGCAACCACUAUGGCAUACCAUGUAGGAUACCUAUGGGCUUCGCCGAUAUCGACACAGUGGCGUCACGCAGGCAGACGGGCGAGAGCCUUAACAACAUCCUCGCUGAGAUAUGUGGCGCUUCAUCGUCCCCCUCUCAGUAA